AUGGACGAAGGGAUCGACACUUUGCAAUCCCUGUACUCGCGUUCGGGAAGGUUAUUUUCCGACGGCCCUUCUUCAAACGCAGCGGGUGAGUCUCGUUGUACUGCUCGACGAGACCAAGGACAUCUACAAUCAGCUGGACACGAGGCUUCUAGCUGUACCACGACGGUGGACAGCCACGCCAGCGGUCGAGGUCACUCGUCUGGACGCCAUUCACAUCGCGGUGGUUCAAAAUACGCUCCAUUAGGCAGCGUUGACCACCGCUUGAGUCCACCAAAGGAUGUGGUGGCAAUGGGAACAUUUGAUCCGGCUCGAGAGUCGGAUUCGCUUGAUGUUCAAGAGCUGAUCCGUCUAACGGAACAGUUGCAAGAUGACCUGGCUCACGAACGAUCUCGGCGUUAUGAGCUUCAGGAUCUUGUAAGGGAUAAUUACACUUCCAUAACGCACGAUCGUUCGGACGAUCGUGCCGCUUUUGCGUUCGCACAACUUGAGAACGAACAUUUGACUCGUUUUCUUCGUGAUGAGCUGGCUGUAGCUCGUCAGGAAAUUGCUCAACUACGUGAACAGGUCGCUUCGCUAGUCGACCAGACUGGCUCGUUGAAACGGGACCACUCGAAGGUGGUCUCGGUUCUUGACCGCGGAGGUGUUCUCAGCAUCUUGGAACCGGGAUCGUACUGA